UGUAAACAGCUGUAUUUUUGUUGUGUUUAUUUUUUUAUGGUUACCAUUUUUAUGUAUUGAUUUGGAAAUUUGUGGCCCUCCAGUAUCUCUGUUGCUCUUUAUAACUGCGCGCGGAGUUACUCUGGCGUGUGCUGUGUCAUAAAACCAGCGCUCCUGCUUGGCUCCACACCUGCUCUGUCAUCUAGUUCAGACCGGAUUACUGCUCUACACGCGCACCGCGGCGGUGUUAAUAUUGGACAUGGUGAGUUAUUUUUGCUUCAUAAUAAUGUGCUGUUCAUUAUACUUGCAUGCGGUUUUCAUACGUAAGUUAAAGCACCGUAAGUAACGUAGCUAACUGUGUGUCGAUGUGCUCAAACUUCACGAUGGUGAUUAGCUAGCGGCUAAUGUUACGUUCGCUAACGGUUAGCGGCUAACGUCAAGUACACCAGAGGGCUGUACUAAGAAGCCAGUUCAACAUAGACGGGCUUUCUUUGUGUAACUCUGCUCAAUAAAACCUAAAGCUAGCCUUAGUUAGAGUUAACGAUUAUCACAAAGGUGGUUAUCAGUUUUCUUUGUCAGGCGUUCUUCUUCGGAUUCUGUGCGCGUUCCCAUGAAAGUGGCCGUUUUAGCGCGUCAUGUGCCGCUUUUCCAGCACAUAAUGAACCGAAAGUGUGCAGCUGCUUCAGUCAGCAGGUUAUUAUGAGAACAGUGAUGAAUAUAAAAUAUGUGAUGGCAUAAAGCUACUACUGGAAAAGAUGUAAGACAGGAAUGCUGGUAGAAAACUGCAUCCACUUAUUUUUUUAACUGACCGCUGUACAAUAAAUCUAUUAAACUUUAAACUUCAUAUAUUUAAACAUGAUAUUGUAUUGAAGAGCAUUUAGUCUGAUACUAUCCCAUAAUGCAGGAGAUCACUUUAAUUAGUGAUGAAUCAAAGUGAAAUUAAUGUUACUAAUUGAAUAUUCUCUGUAAUAAAUACCAAUAGAUAAUCAGUUUUCUAAUCAAUGAUUUGUCAGCUACAGUACCAGCGUGUAAAUGGACCAAACAUAAAAACAUGUUUACAUGAUUUCUACAUCACCAACUAAAUACAUGUCGGUUCCCAUGGCAACGUGAUGCAUCCAGUGUGUGAUACUGUAACUGCUUCAUUCAGUGGUUUUGGUAAUGUAGAGAUCAACAGGUUUACAGAUACAACUUCAUCCUUCAGCUGACAAUCUGAAUCACUCAUAAGUAAUUGUCAGGAGACGCCUUGGUUAAAGAGACGCUUGUUACGGCCGAUUUAAACCUAAACUUUGAACAGAACCUGCUCCCGACCAGGUUAGCUCCACAGCAUAUGUUACCAUGGAGAUGUAGCCAGGUAAAAAGAGAGCCACCUUCUACUGAAAACUCUGACUUUAGUCUCAACAUACCUUGCUAACUCACUAAACUCGCUUCGUUGUACAACCCUCAGGCGAGUCUGGACAACUACAAUGUUUUACACAUCGGCACACAUGUUUUUAUUGACAUGAAACUCAUUUUUCUCAUCUGUCCUACCAUGAAUAGAGAGAGAGAGCAUGACUGAGACUGACAGAGAGAAAAACUUAUGAAUAAACUAAAGUUGUCUUUAUGCACACAGUGAGUUGUUCUGUUGUUAAAACAUAUGAUGAAGCUUCUGAACUCUGUUUCUGUCAGUGCGUCAUAAAAAACAUAGGCCUAUUUAGUGAGGAGGAGGACCGCAUGAGUGUUUGUUGUUUUAUCAAACAAGUAAUACACGUCACUGCCACAUGAAUAGUUCUGAUUAGACAUCUCCUGAGUCAAAACCUUAAAGGUGCUACAGGGCUGUUGCAUUGAGCUAUAAUCUGAUUAAAGCCAUGUUGUAACACCAUAAAUCAUUGUCUUCAUAGUCUGUCUAAGCUGUAAGACCAAACUGUUCAAUAUGAUAAACCCAUGUUGCGUAAGCAACACUAUCAGUAAUGUGAUUGUAUGUUUGAUGCGUUCAUAAGUCAUUCACACACCAGGAAAUAUCGACAUUGAGAUGAUGUCCAGAUUCACAGUGUUAACUGCAUAUAUAAACUGCCAAAGAGUGCAGCUUGAAAUACAGAGUCAUGUGCUGUGUAAAAGUUUGACUGAUUGUGUCACUGUGUUUACAGGAGGAUGGCUCAAGGUUCUUUUCCACUGACGACCUUCUGACUGCACAGGCUCAAACUCGUUACGCACGUCGCCUUAAGAAACUCAAAGCACAUCAAGAUGCGUGUGAGAGGCGCUAUGAGGAGGCUCAGACACAAAGAUUGAAUGAUGAGAGAGAAAGGACCUUGUUAGACGGUAGACUCAACACAGUGAUGGAAGAUGAAAUAGAGGUUCCACCCUUAACAAGAACAGACAGUGUAUUUCUGACCAAAGAAAUGCUUGGGUACACCUCCAAUUUGUCACCUUCCACUAUCAGCAGUGCGGAUGAGUAUGUCCCAGCAUCAUCAGAGGCUAGUUCAGAUGAAUCAUUAGAAGAAAGAAGUCAGAAGCAAAGACCAAAGACGUCAUCAGAAUCAAAAAAUGUCUCAGAUGGGUUAUUGGGAGCAAAGAAAGAGAAGCAAGGCAUGGAAGCAAGUGUGCAUUCCAGAGAAGAGGAUUCAGAUGAACCAAGACUCAAAACAGGGAUGGAAGUAAAGAGGAUCUUUUUUUCUAGUCAGGAAGAAGAUUCUGUUAAAUCAACACUCAAAACAAAAAAAAUAUACAAGAGAAGUUACAAGAGAUGCUCAAGUUUUAGUGAAGAAGAGCAUUCAGGUGAAUCAAGACUCAAAACCAAGAGAUACAAAAAGAGAAAGAAAGAUAUAAAGACUUACACAAGAUGUAAAAAAUCUUCUAUCUCUAGUUCAGUUGAGAAGAGUGGUUCUCUGGUUGUAGCUGAUGUUCCAAAUGUAGAUGGGUGCAAGAAGUACCACCAAAAGAGAAACUACUGCAUGUACUGCGGGAAACCGCAAACAAAAAUUGCACGCCACCUGGAACGUAAACAUGGGGAUAAAAAGGAAGUUGCUCGUGCAGUGAUGUAUCCACCGAACUCUAAAGAAAGGAGAAAUCUGCUGGAUCUCCUUCGCAAGCAAGGAAAUAGGGCACACAACAUUGAGGCACUCACAAAAGGAGAAGGGACACUGGUACCUUGUAAACAGCAAAGUGAUGGCAAGAGCAAUCCAAAGGACUAUCAGCAUUGUUUUGCAUGCUUUGGGUACUUCAAGCGCAAAUCGCUGUGGAAGCAUGCAAAACGGUGCACACUUGCUCAAAAUGUUCGCAGAACAUUACCCGGAAAAACAAGAAUACAAACACUCUGUGCUUCUGCUCAGCCUGUACCUCAAGAUGUUCACACGAAGGUAUGGGCCCUUGUGAAUGGCAUGACUCAAGACGAAAUUGCCCAUGCAGUAAAAGAAGACAUCUAUAUCAUGAAGGUAGGAGAGAAGAUGUAUAACCGCCAACGUGAAACUGCCUCUCAGCAUGACAAUGUUCGUCAAAUUAUGCGAGGACUGGGUAGACUCUUGAUCAUAGGAAGGACGGUGACCCCUCUGAAAACAAUAGAGGAAUAUAUUGAUCCACAACACUUUCACCAUGUGAUUCGAGCUGUAAAAGAAGUAGCUGGCUUUGAUGAAAAGAGGAACAAGUUUGGGAAACCCACUCUAGCCACAAAGCUAGGGCAAAGCAUCCAGAGAGUUGCCGAUAUCAUGGAGGCUGAAGCUCUUUCAUCUCAGAACAAUGAAAAGAAGCAGGUUGUCCAAGAGUUUAGGCGCUUGUACAGUCUUACCUGGAAUGAAAUGAUCUCUUCUGCUGCGUACCGUACACUUGAGGAGAAGAAAUGGAACAAACCCAAGCUCAUUCCAUUGGCAGAGGAUGUGAAAAAAAUGCAUAUGUACAUGACUGACAAACAGAAGCAAUACUACAAGCAGUUGUUGGUUGAGAAAAUCCCGAAGAAUUGGAGCAAUCUUGCUAAAGUAAUAUUGGCACAGAUAAUCCUUUUCAACCGAAGGCGGGAAGGCGAGGUCUCAAAGAUGCGUUUGGAAGCAUUUCUCACCAGGGACAACUCCCCACUUAAUGAAGAUAUUGGUGAAGCACUGACGGCAUUGGAGAAGAGGCUCUGCCAGCAUUUUGAACGUGUGGAAAUUCGAGGGAAGCGUGGCAGAAAGGUGCCUGUCAUCCUUACUCCAGUAAUGGUGCAAUCUCUGGAGCUAAUGGUGGAGGAGAGAAGCUCAUGUGGAAUAGGUGAAAACAUCUAUUUAUUUGCAAGACCAGGUUUUGAAACAAGGCUUCGGGGGUCUGACUGCAUCCGUGAGUUGGCCAGAAAGUGUGGGGCUGAAAAACCUGAAGCUCUGUCAUCAACAAAACUAAGAAAACAAGUGGCCACUCUAUCAAGAGUACUCAAUCUUAAUGACACCGAACAAGAUCUUUUGGCAGACUUUUUGGGGCAUGACAUAAGGGUACACAGGAAGUUCUAUCGCCUACCCGAAGGGACUUUGCAGUUAGCUAAGAUCAGUAAGGUAUUGAUGGCCUGCGAACAGGGCAGACUGGCAGAAUUCAAGGGGAAAAGUCUGGACCAAAUCUCGAUCAGCCCAAAUGACCGAUAUGAAGUUGUGGAAAAAAGCUCAGGGGAGUCAUCUGAAGAUGAAGGUCCAGCGGCUCCACCAGGAGAGGAACCUGUGACUCGAGGCGAACAGGGCACUUCAGAGCAGCAGCCUGUAGAGGAGCAAAGCUCGGGAGGAGUGGAACCUGUGACUCGAGAUAAGAAAGGCACUUCAAAACAGCAGCUUGGACAGAAACGAGGCUCGGGAGGUGCUAGAAAGGUAAAACGAAUGUGGUCAACAGAGGAGGUGAAAGCAGUUGAAAAGUCUCUGAUGGAGUUCAUUCGUAUUGGCAAGACACCUGGAAAACAAGCCUGUGAGAAGUGCAUCGCUGCUUCCCCUGAAGCCCUCGCUGACAGGGACUGGAAAGCGGUCAAGUUCUAUGUUUACAACAGAAUUAUUUCAGAUCAGAGACUGUAGACAUGGACCAAGCUUAUAAAGGUAGGCCUACACCUUCCACAUCAUGACAGGAGGCCUUCUGUUUCUAUAGGAUACAUGAGGUGUAUCUAUUAUAUGUUGGCUGUACACAUAGUGAGGCUGAAACUGUUCAUCUGUUGUAAAAACUAAAAAAAGUUACAUGUAAUCAUUGUUAAAGGGUUUGAUUAAAGGACCCCAAAGGUUAAGGAGCCUUUCACUUAUAAUGCAAUGCAAUACAAUGCAACAACUUCCUGGUUCGUCUUUUUUACUGCGGUGAACCUUUUGGAUAUGUAGGUGUUCUGUCUGAGAAGACACUGUUGUAUUUAAGUCACACCUGUUCAUUAAAGGAGACCUGUUAUACUCA